UUUUCCCUCUCUCCCUCCCUCCCUCCCUCUCUCAGAGCCGGUCGCCAUGCCUGGUCCCUGCCCACUGAAGGCGGGGCCCAGGCGUUGUGCCCAGUAGGUGGGAGGUGAGCCUCUGGCCGGCUGAGAGGAGACGAGCGAAGGGCGGAAGGGAAGAGGAGGCCGAAUGGCUGCGUGGAAGGCUUCUCGGGUGAUAAGAAGCAUUGCUAUAUGUGGUUGGAGAGCACAGUCCAGUCAAGCUCCUGCAGCAUUACCAAAAAGCAAACAUGCAACUGGAUUUAGUUUUGAACUUACAGAAGAGCAGAAGGAAUUUCAAGCUACAGCACGGAAAUUUGCUAGAGAGGAAAUCUUACCUGUUGCGGCUGAGUAUGACAGAACUGGAGAGUAUCCUGUUCCUCUCAUUAAAAGGGCAUGGGAGCUUGGCUUGAUGAAUACUCACAUCCCUGAAAGCUGUGGUGGCCUUGGUCUUGGCACUUUUGAUGCUUGUCUCAUUACUGAAGAAUUAGCAUUUGGAUGUACAGGAGUUCAAACUGCCAUUGAAGCAAAUUCCCUGGGACAAAUGCCAGUCAUCAUUGCAGGGAAUGAGCAACAACAGAAGAAAUACCUGGGAAGAAUGACAGAAGCACCCUUAAUGUGUGCCUACUGUGUAACAGAGCCUGGAGCUGGUUCAGAUGUCGCAGGUCUAAAAACAAAAGCAGAAAAGAAAGGAGACGAAUAUAUAAUUAAUGGACAAAAAAUGUGGAUCACCAAUGGUGGCAAGGCCAACUGGUAUUUUUUGUUGGCUCGCACUGUUCCUGAUCCCAAAGCUCCUGCAAAUCAAGCUUUUACUGGCUUUAUCGUGGAAGCAGAUAGCCCUGGAAUACAAAUAGGAAGAAAGGAACUUAAUAUGGGUCAGCGUUGCUCAGAUACAAGAGGGAUUGUUUUCGAGGAUGUAAGAGUGCCCAAAGAGAAUAUUCUCAUUGGUGAAGGAGCCGGCUUUAAAAUAGCCAUGGGAGCAUUUGAUAAAACAAGGCCUCCAGUAGCAGCUGGUGCGGUAGGACUAGCACAGCGAGCCUUAGAUGAAGCUACAAGGUAUGCUCUAGAAAGAAAAACCUUUGGCAGGAUACUCGCAGAGCACCAAGCAGUAUCUUUCAUGUUGGCUGAAAUGGCAAUGAAAGUUGAACUUGCUCGCCUGGCUUACCAAAGGGCUGCAUGGGAGAUCGAUGUUGGUCGCAGAAAUACCUACUAUGCAUCUAUAGCAAAAGCAUAUGCUGGGGAUAUUGCAAAUCAAGUAGCUUCAGAUGCUGUCCAGAUCUUUGGAGGAAAUGGAUUCAACAGUGAAUACCCAGUAGAAAAACUAAUGAGAGAUGCCAAAAUAUAUCAGAUAUAUGAAGGAACAGCACAGAUUCAAAGGCUAAUUGUAGGCCGUGAACAUCUUGGCAGAUUUAAAGGUUGAGAGAACACGGAAACCAUAUAGUUAAUGCUUGAAUUCCUAGCAUGCAUUAACCCACUUCCGCAAACACUUGUUUCCACUCUAUAAUGUUAAAAGAAAAAUUGCCUCUAUAGUAGAACAUUUUUUCAGUGACAUAUCUGUUUCUUAUUUUUAAUACAUAAAAAAGCUGCAUACUUAACAAUUUAAAAAAAUUAGCCUGGAAAUUUUCUCAGGCAUUACAUGUCAGUACUGUAUGCUUUGCUAGAAUGUUAAGCUUUCACUUGGCUUUAAACUGACCCAGAUUGUUAUGCUUGACUUCUGAAGUCUACUCUGCAAUAUCUUUCAAAUGCCUGGAAUCUGAAAAUUUAACUGUUUCAGUGCCAUAUGUAAGAUCUGAUAUUAGCAGCAGCAGUUUGGGUUACAAAUACCACAAUUGUGGGAAGAGCUAUUAAGUAUCUUUCUGUGUAGUGGGAAAUUGUGAAUUGUGAAUUGAAAUUGUGAGUUUAUCACAGCCUUUUAAUAACUACGAAAUGUUACAGCAAGCUAAAAUAUGAGGUGUAUAUUACUUGCAGUGAUACCAGAUAAGUUGUCCAUAGGUUUACUGCGAACUUGCCAUUCUAUGCACAAGGCUUUUAAGUAUUUAACAUAGUAAUGUAAAAUACUACGUCUUUUUGUAGCUCAGCAGCACAGAGAGAGAAUAUUAAAUCUGUUUCAAUUGUGGCCAUCACCCACUUAAUUUAAAGCAGUGCCUUUAUAAAUCCAUCCUAGUGCUUUUAAAGCAGUGCCUCUGAAGAAGCCAUCCAUUUUGAUGACAUAAUUAUUUAUCUAAAAUAAUUCUGUUUCUUUGUAAAUUGUUAAUAGUUUUAUAAUCAAUUUAGUGUGUGGCAGAUGUAAAAUAAUUGUGAGGCUUGUUUUGAACAUUAUUUGAGUGUAUUUAAUGAUGACAGUGCCUUUGCAGUUGCUUAAAGUGAAGCAGCUAAAUGGUAUUUGGUAAUAAUCAAACAUGAUAAAAAAAAUUGCCAUACAAUGCAAUAUUUCUAUUAGUAACAUUUGAAGUACUAGCAUUAUUUUUAUUAGCUAUAGUAUUACAUUUAAAGCUAAUUCCUUUGUAACCUAGACUGUGAAUAUUUUUUGGCAAUGAAAUGUUUUUAUUUUUAAAAUUUCUCAAAGGAUGUGGCUGAAUAUAUUGGUGUCAACACCAGUUUUACUUCAGUUCAGUUACACAUUUGACACAAUUGAAUACUUUCUAGUUUAUGGAGUUGCUUGUCACUUUGGAUGUUGAAUUGCGAUACCAUCACAAUUGGUUUGCUGAGUAGAUGCAAGACUGCUGGAAGCUGCAACAUAACUAUAUGUGGAAAGCGUUGCAAUUCCCACUUCUGGGUGAAAAAAAAUGUCAGGAAAGGGUAAAAAGAAAAUCUGUGUUUGUUAGUCCUAUAUCUAUGCAAGUAUACUAUUGAAACAUUUUGAAAUGGAAUAUUUCAUAUUGCAACCCCGGUUGGAAUGUACCAGAGGAAUAAAUUAAACAAAGAAAUAAAUGGAUCAGUGAUUGUG